AUGUUUUGUGUAUCAAUUUAUCGUGUUGGUUUUGCUGAUUCUUCGCUUGAUGAUCAAUUAACAUCACUUGAAUUAAUAUUUUUUGAUAUUGAAUAUUUCUUUUGUUUUUAUAUUUAUGACGUUGGAUGGUGGCCAGUCAAUUCUUCAUCAUCAACACGUUGUUUAUUGUGUAAUGAAGAAAAUAAAUUUCUACGUAAUCAAAUUGUUUAUCCAUCGAGAUUUUAUUAUUACGCAGCUUUUAUUGAAGAUGUUAUUUUUCUUCAUAUAUGGGCUAUUAAUGUCUUUAGACAAUUUCGUAGAUUUUCAGCUGAAUAUAUUGAUAUUAUUGGUUUUAUAUUUAGUUUAACUGAAAUCUUUCGUCGAUUUAUAUGGAACUAUUUUCGUUUAGAAAAUGAACAUUUAAUUAAUUGUGGAGAAUUUCGUGCUGUACGAGAUAUAUCAAUAGCACCAUUAUCAACUGCUGUUGAUCAUGCAACAUCAGAAAAUAUGAUAGAUAAAGAAAUGGGAAUUAAAAAUCGAAAAAAGAUGCUUGAUAGAAUUGAAUCAACCUAUAUUGGUAUAGGUCUUGCAUUACGAGUAUUUCUAUUCUUUCAAACGAGAAUAAAAAAUGAUUUUGAAGAUAAUGCAGAAUUUGUCACACCAUUAAAUUCGUGGGAAAGAAUUAUCGAAGGAAUUUAUCUACGAAAAUUCAAUCUUUCACUAUUUGUUGGAUCGAUUAUACAUGAAGUAUGUAAAGGGAUAUAA